UCUUGGAGAGGAAGCCAAAGAGGAGCAAAAGGAGCAAGAGGACCACGAGCCUGCAGCUGUGGUCACAGCAGAGCCUGAUGGUUCCAAGAGAAUGACAGAAGCAGCAGCAGUCUCUGCCCCGGCUCCCUCUGCUCCUGGAGAAGAAGCCAAAGAGGAGCAAAAGGAGCAAGACGACCACGAGCCUGCAGCUGUGGUCACAGCAGAGCCUGAUGCUUCCAAGAGAAUCCUUCCAGAGAAAGAGCAGGAGCAGAUUGCCUUAUCAGAGAUGCCAUGCCAGACUCAGGGAGAGCUGAGAGCCCAAGAGCAGGAAGAGCAGCUCAGGCAGCAGGUGGAAGAGCCACAGGAGAAUGGCCAGAGCAUCAAGGCAGAGCCACAAGCAGAGCAGCCCGAAGCUCAGAGUGCCAUCACGGAAGUAAAGAAGAACCAGGAAGACACGAGAAGAAUUCAAGAGGAGAUGAAUCUCCAUCAGCAGAGGGGCGAUCAACAAAACCAGGUGAGUGAAAGAGUGGCAGCCACUCCACUCAUGAAAGAUCCUCUCUCUUGUAUUUUACAGAACUUGAAGGAACAGCUGGACACAGACUUUCAGAAAGCUCACGCUAAGAUCAUGGCAAGGGAGAAGAGGCAGGAGGAAGAAAUUAAAAUCAUCAGAGAAAAACUUAAUCCCCUCCCUCAGGCUCUACAAAAGCAAGUGGCCAUAAAGAAAAUAAAUCUCCAAGGACCGAGGAAGAAGGAACUAAAAGUCAAUGAACUUAUGCUCAUGAAGACAAAUAAGAAUCCCAACCUGGUCAACUAUUUAGACAGCUACCUUGUGGAUGGGCAGCUCUGGCUGGUCAUGGAGUACAUGGACGGAGGCACUCUGAGCGAUGUCAUCAGCGAGACCUACCUGUCUGAAGACGAGAUGGCAGCCAUCAGUCGGGAGUGCCUGCAAGGCCUGGAUUUUCUUCACUCGAACCACGUGAUCCACCGAGAUGUGAAGAGCAGCAACAUCCUUCUCAGAACCGAUGGCUCUGUCAAGCUGGUUGACUCUGGCCCCUUUGCUCAGCUCACCCCUGAGCAGAGUCGACAGAGCUCAGUGGCCAGCAUUUCUGGGUGGAUGGCGCCUGAAGUGGUGACAGGUCAACCAUAUGGCCCCAAAGUGGACAUAUGGUUUUUUGGAAUCGUGGGCAUCGAAAUGGUGGAACGAGAAGUCCCUUACCGGAAUAAAACUGUUUCGGCUCAACUCCUGAUAGCCAGAGGAGGGAGACCAAAGCUGCGGCAGCCCAACCGAUUCUCGCCUUGCCUGCGUGACUUCCUGAGCUGCUGCCUGCAGACAGACGAGGCACGGCGCUGGUCUGCCAAGGAUCUCCUGCAGCAUCCAUUUGUAACAUCAGCCAAGCCAGCGUCCACCCUGGUACCACUCAUCAACUCAGUGAAGAAGGAGAAGAAGAAGAAGACAAGAAUCUAACAGUCAAGAUAUUAUCUCCAUAACCAAGUUAGAGUAGGAUUGUAGAGUAGGACUCUAAAGUAGGAUUAUUGAGUUGUUUUGUAGUAUAGGUUUAUAGAGUAGGAUUGGAAUUAAAUAAAGUUUCUGAAGCAUCAACUCAUUUGGCAGA